ACUUGUUGCAAGUUGGAUUGUAAUAGAGAUUACUGACCUUCCUUGCACCAUUCGCAUUCACGACAAGAGUCUGACUGGGCACCAAUACCGACGAGGUCACCAAUCUUAAGGCCGUUUUCGGGAGAGGUGCCGACCCUCACAACCUCACCAACGAUUUCGUGGCCGCAAACCUGGGGGCAGAUGUCCUUUACAGGUCCCCAUUCACCAGUUAAAGAGGAGACAUCUGAACCACAGAUACCGCAGUACAAAAUUUUGACUGUUGACAUGUCAGCUCCGUCGGCUUCCAUUACUCCAGCAGACGAUACUCACCAUCGACGUCGUCUUCAUCCCACUUCUUGGGAGUGAACUCCUGGAAUGACAUGUGGCCGUCGCAGGCCUUCUCGUCCAAACCAGCCCAGCCUUUGAAUUCGUUGUCGGCAACCAUUGUGAUUAUUGAAAGAUUCAGCUGUAGUGGAAGUUAUCUACGAUCUGUUGGAAGGAUUUGGAUAGAUGGGCUUGGAAGUCUUAUAUAGCUUUGGCAGCUAAUCAGGAUGUUUGGCUUCAUCAAAAUAGGCCGGCGGGCACGCAGGAUUUCAUUGCAGCUUGUCGGGAUGUCUCGCUUUCAUGAAGAUGGAGCCGACGGGCAAGCGACAUUUUUAAUGGGAUGUUCUCAAAUGACGGUAAAAAACCCUCUCUCCAUCCCCUUCCUCCACUUCUUCUCUGCCCUCCUUCUCUGCCUCCACCUCUUGCUCCUCCAUUUUUAUUUUUCCGACUGCCUCCACCUCCACCUUUUAAUUCCACCCUUUAACUCCACCUCCACCUCCACCUCCACCCCUCAACUCCUCCACUCUUGUCACGCCGUAGUCAAGUACUCCGCGUCAUGUUUGUAUAUACACUCAUUCAGUGACUGCUGGAGAGAUGAUGAUUUGGCAUAAUUCUUGUCGUCAUUCUAAGGCGACAGCGAGUAUAUAAAGGAGUCGCCAUGUGGAAAGCCUUGCAAUCUUCAUUCAAACUCAAACUCUUUACCCGCACCAUGCCUCAACAACUCAAGUUUCAAGACAUCUCCGUACCUGUCCCUGGCUUCGGAUGCAUGGGCUUUUCUCAGAGUUACGGACCUGCCGACGAUAAUGUGUCCAAGGUCACCUUGAAGAAGGCUGUGGAUCUCGGGUGCACUUUCUGGGACUCUGCUGUCGUUUAUGGCAAGGGCCACAACGAGAAACUGUUGGGCGAGUUCUUUAAGGAAAGUGGCGCUCGUGAUAAGGUCUUUAUUGCCUCCAAAUGCGGCUUUGACUGCUUGGAGCCCGGUUCCGAAGGCCUCGGAAACGUCACCAACAAGGCCUCCCACAUCAACAAAUAUAUUGAAGGUACUAAGGAGCGACUUGGAUCUUACCCUGACCUCUAUUAUCUCCACCGUAUUGAUCCCGAUACUCCCCUUGAGGAGUCUAUCGCAGCCCUUGAUGGUUUAAGAAAGGCUGGCAAGUGCAAGUACAUCGGUCUAAGUGAAUGUGGUGUGGCUACCCUCCGAAAAGCUUGUUCCAUUGCCAAGAUUGACGCCCUCCAGAUCGAAUACUCUCCUUGGUUCACAGAUCAUGAAGACAACGGUCUGAUCGAUGCCGCCAAAGAGCUUGGUGUCAACAUUAUUGCCUACUCGCCUCUGGGUAAGGGUAUUCUCUCCGGCAAGUAUCGAAGCCCGGAUGACUUCCCCGAAAAUGACAUCCGACGAACCAUCCCUCGCUUCAGCAAAGAAAACAUGCCCAAGAACCUCCAGAUCGUCGAUGAAUUCGUAAAGCUCGCCAAAGCCAAAGGAUGUACUUCGGGCCAAAUCGCUCUCGCAUGGGUCAUCAGCCAAGGUGCGAUCCCCAUCCCUGGCACUAAAACCUCUGAGAGACUGGAGGAAAACUUUGCGGCUGGGAAGAUUGAGCUUAGCGAAACGGAGAUUGCUGAAAUUAGGGAGCUGGUGCAGAGGGCUAAGCCGGUUGGAGCAAGGUAUGGAGAGGCUGCGUUGAAGAUGGUUGGUCAUUAGUCGGGUAAUACGAUUAGAUUAUAUGAAAAUAGAUAAAAUAUGAAAUGCU